AUGUGCGGAAAGUUGGACUUUGUGCUGACUGCAAUGGUGCCUGCAGAAUUUGCCGGUGACGCGUGUCCCCUCUUUAUUUUUAUUUUUGUUGUGCUUGUGAUCAUCGUACUUUUUCCCGCUUCCUUUUUUUUUUUUUUUCGUUUUGCGUCAUGCAUUGCUUUUUUUUGCUGCUUCUUUCUCUUGCAUGCAUGCUUGUUUGCUUCUAGUGCAAUGAUUGGCGUUCUCCUGUUUCUGAACUCGCGGGGCGACAUCGUUCUUUCCCGCGCGUUUCGUGACGGCUUCAGUGUACGCAGCCUAGCCGAGAGCUUUCGUAACCGGCUCCUCUCAACCGGCAUGGUGGAUCGUAGUCCCAUCAACAUUGUGGAUGGCUUCUGCUUUGUGCAUGUGCGGUUCAACGACCUGUACGUGGCCCUUGUGUCGGACAGCAACAACAACUGCUUUGCCUGUUUUCAGUACAUGCUUCACCUGUUGGAGGUGUGCCACGCAUACCUUGAGGACAUCAGUGAGGAGACGCUGAAGGAAAAAUUUGUUGUCCUGCAGGAGUUCAUUGACGAGACGAUGGACUUUGGAUACCCGCAGACCACGGAGGCAGGGCUGCUGCAGACGUUCAUAGGCGCCAAGGGGUUUGACAUUGCACGGAUGAAGCGACCGGCGGAGGCGGAGCGGGUGACGACGCGCCUGACGGGAAAAAAGCCGUGGCGGAACAGCGGCCUCUGGUACCGUGUGAAUGAAAUAUUUCUGGACGUCGUGGAAAAAUUAUACGUGCUGGUCUCGCAAACCGGCCAGGUACUAGAGAGCAACGUCGCCGGACGCGUUGUGGUAAAAAGCUUUCUUUCAGGCAUGCCGGAGUGCCGGCUUGUGCUGAAAGACGAUGUUAGCCAGUACGAUGCCUCCUAUCAUGCGUGUGUGUCGGUACACACGGAUGGAACUCUCACGUUUGUGCCGCUGGACGGCAUGUUUUUGCUGAUGCAGUACCGCGCCGCCCUCACCGCGCCGCCUCCGCUGAAGGUGCUGCACACCCGCUUCACGGGGGUCUCGAAGACGCGCACAGAGGUUGAGUUUGGGCUUAAGUGCGAGAUCGCGGCGGGGAUGCGCUGCGACGAGGUGGAGGUGCGCAUUCCAUGCCCCGAAAACACGGCCGAUGUGAAGGUGUGUGUCGCACGGGGGCACGCGCAGUUUGACGGUGUGCAGCACGCCGUUAUCUGGACCUUGCCAAGCGUCUCGCAGAAGGACGAGGAAAUGCUGCUUACUGCGGAGAUCGUGCUGAUCGCUCCCACGAUCGCCACCUCCGAGAAGAUAUGGGCGCGGCCUCCCAUCAAGAUCAGCUUCACCACGCCCUCACACACACUCAGUGGAUUUGAGGUGAAGGAUCUGCGGGUAGAGGAGCCACUGCUUCGUUACACACCUUCCAAGUGGGUUCGUUACUCGACAACGGCAGGCCAGUAUGAAUGUCGACUGUAA